UCCAGCUGGGCCUCCAGGACUGCUGGCUGCACAAGGCAAAUGGCGGCAUGGUUCUCCUGACCUUCUUCAUGUGCCGCAUCGCCCUCUUCCCCUACAUGUACUGGGUGUACGGACGCCACUACGACCUCCCUCUCUACAGCGUUCCCUUCCACCUGCCGCUGCUCACCAACCUGGGGAACGCGUGCAUCCUGGCGCCGCAGGUCUACUGGUUCGUGUUGCUAUGCAGGAAAGGAUUUCGUCUUUAUCGACGCAGCCGCAUGCCGGAAGUUCAACCGGACGUUCAACCCCUCGCGGACAAUCCCAAAGCUGAUUGAUAUCCGUUUUCACAAUUUUUUUUUUUGCUCGCUCAAAGCCGCACACUUCAGCUACUAACGCUACUUCGACUACUUCUGCAAAAAGGCACUAGUUUAACACAUUUCGACAUUUCCCCUCCACCAUCGUACUGUAGUACACCAGGACUGCCUGCUCUUUGUCCCACGACUCCUGGGCAUCUUUCCGCACACUUUAAAAGAAAAAAAUAAUAUCCUGUGUUACAAAAAUAUCUUCUGCCUGAAGUGGAUCUCUCUCUCUCUCCGUCGAUCCAGCUCUACUACUGAUGAUUUUUCUUCUUUGGAUCUUACUGCGUCCGUCUACAUUUUACAACACUGGAGAGAGGUUCUGCUUCAUGAGAGUAAAAAAAAAGUGGGAGGAGCUUCCACUGGAGAGACGAUUUCCUCUCACUGCUACUGUGUCUCUUCUGACCUGUUACAGAGGGUGAGAGACCUGUUACAGAGGGUGAGAGACCUGUUACAGAGGGUGAGAGACCUGUUACAGAGGGUGAGAGAGUGCCGACAGGUUGUAUUUAUUUUAAAGAUUUCUGUUUCCUCUACCCCCCAUCCGAUAUCCAAUGAUCACACCAGGAAGGAUUAGGAAUCGAGGGUGGGCGGUUGGAUUUAUUGUGAGGAAUACAUUUCACUUUGUUAACCUGUUAAUGUGACUCUUCACCAUGUGUGUAGCUUCCCAUCCCGCAUGUUCUCCAUCAGUUUGUAAAUCUGCAAAUCCCAUUUUCACUCCCACACUUGUACAACCCCGGCUAAUUAGUUCUCUGUAUGCAUGGUGAACCCCCCCCCCCCCCCCCC